UAUAUAUCAAAAUCCAAUUCUGGUCACUUUCUAAUUUCCUUAAUAUAAGAGUUUCCAUCACUAGCUAGUCGAAACCAUCUUUGAAACACCAAGGUCAUUUCCAUUUUUCACAACCAUGGGUACACUUCACAGUGAGAACUUCAGCGCCUUCAAUGUGGAGCAGCGGCAACAGCUUGACACCGAUUAUACUAAUCGGCUAGAGAGGGCUCAAUGGUUGCUCAAUUCUCCUGAGCCACCACACCUAUGGCAGAAGGUCAUUGGUUCAGUAAAACAAACCAUCUUCCCCCACAAGAACAGGACUACUGCUAAGCAAAGCAGACGAAAGAGCGUUGUUUCGUUCUUGAAAGGUUUUUUCCCUGUACUUAUCUGGGGCAGGAAUUACAAUGCUUCAAAGUUCAAAAAUGAUCUCAUGGCAGGACUAACUCUAGCAAGCCUUAGCAUUCCGCAGAGCAUUGGAUAUGCUAAUUUAGCUAAACUAGAUCCUCAAUAUGGCCUAUACACAAGUGUUGUUCCUCCUCUAAUUUAUUCUCUAAUGGGGAGUUCAAGAGAGAUAGCCAUUGGACCUGUAGCAGUAGUAUCAUUGCUGCUAUCUUCCACUAUACAGAAAAUACAAGAUCCUUUUGUUGAUCCUGUUGCCUACAGAAAGCUUGUGUUCACUGUCACUUUCUUUGCUGGGAUCUUCCAAGCAAUGUUUGGAUUGUUCAGGUUGGGGUUUCUUGUGGAAUUCCUUUCUCAUGCUGCCAUUGUUGGAUUCAUGGGUGGUGCAGCCAUCAUCAUUGGUCUUCAACAACUCAAGGGGCUACUGGCAAUCAGUCACUUCAGUACCAAAACCGAUGUGAUAUCCGUUCUGGAGUCUGUUUUUAGAUCAAUCAAACACGAUACAUGGUAUCCUCUGAAUUUCGCCCUCGGAUGUUCGUUCCUUAUCUUCCUCCUCAUCGCUAGAUUUGUCGGCAAAAGAAACAAAAAGUUGUUCUGGAUUCCAGCUAUUGCUCCUCUUAUUUCAGUCAUAUUAUCCACUGCGAUAGUGUUCUUGACAAAAGCUGAACAGCAUGGAGUAGUAAUAGUAAAACACCUAAAAGGAGGCCUGAAUCCAAGUUCAGUCCAUCAAUUACAGUUCAAAGGUGCACACGUCGGAUUUGCUGCCAAAACAGGACUAAUUGCUGCCAUUGUUGCUCUUGCUGAAGCCAUUGCUGUCGGUCGAUCUUUCGCUUCCAUAAAAGGCUAUCAGAUCAAUGGGAACAAUGAAAUGGUAGCUAUGGGCUUCAUGAACAUUGCGGGAUCAUUGAGUUCAUGCUAUGUUGCCACUGGUUCAUUCUCAAGGACUGCUGUGAACUUCAGUGCAGGAUGUGAGACAGUAGUAUCAAAUAUAGUGAUGGCCAUUACGGUGCUUUUGUCGCUGGAAUUGUUUACUAGGCUAUUGUACUAUACUCCCAUGGCGAUCCUUGCUUCGAUCAUCUUAUCUGCUCUUCCUGGACUUAUAGACAUCAAUGAAGCUUAUCAUAUCUGGAAGGUUGACAAACUAGACUUCCUUGCUUGCAUUGGUGCCUUUUUCGGGGUUUUGUUUAAAUCGGUGGAGAUUGGCCUUCUGGUCGCGGUAAUCAUAUCAUUUGCAAAAAUAUUGCUCAAUGCCAUUCGACCUGGUGUUGAAGCAAUAGGAAGACUUCCAAGAACAGACAUCUUUUGUGACACAGAGCAAUAUCCCAAUGCCAUUGAAACUCCAGGAAUCUUAAUCUUCCGUGUCAACUCUUCCUUAAUCUGCUUUGCUAAUGCCAACUUUGUCAGAGAAAGGAUAAUGAGUUUGGCGACCGAAGACGAGGAUGACCACAAAGAAAAUGGCAAGGGAAAGACUGGAGCAGUGAUUCUUGACAUGUCAAAUAUAAUAAACAUUGACACUUCAGGAAUUAUUGCACUUGAAGAACUUCACAAACAAUUAACAUCACAAGGCAUACAAUUAGCAUUGGCCAACCCAAGGAGGCAAGUGAUUCACAAGCUGAAGUUAAGCAAAUUCGUGGAUAGAAUUGGAGCGGGAAUGAUUUUCCUCACCGUGGGAGACGCAGUAGAUGCAUGCCUGGGUCUUGGUACCGGAUCGGCCUCUUUUGCAGCAUAAUUUUUGUAGGAUUUCAAAUCAUUUGAUGAAAUCUCAGUCACCCAAUGUGGGGUUGGUUGGCUCUGUAAAUUCUGAAGAGGACGCAAGACAGAAGGAGAACGGAAAGAAGACAUGUACUCUGAUUUGCCUGAAUCAUGUAAGGCAAAGUAGUUGCCUUGUAAAACAGGGGAAGAAAGAACCAGAGACAUAAAACAUGAACAAUUUGGAAAUCAGGAUGAACCCAUUGAAAUCAUUCAAACAAUUUGGGA